AUGUCGUGCAAAUUACUGGUGUAUUUGUCGCCGCUUCCUGCCCUGCAAGUGCUCAUCAGUGCCAUCACAUGUCUCUCGUCAACAUGCGCUGCCUCUCUUCGUGAAUUGCUGUGGCUGUCGCAGCUACGCAAGGGAGUUCCACUGAGUGCCAGUGUUGUGGUGCUUACUCUUGUCGUUACAGGAUUGCGACUGAGCAAAUCCCUGUACUUUGGGAAUGGCGUGUACCUGCGCCACCGGGCCAUCUUCCUUGAAAAAAUUCGCGCGAUUGUGCUGCGGUGGGAGGCGAGUUGCGUGACGGAGGUGGCGGCCUGUUGCGCCGAUGUGGACGGCCAAGCCACUGUCGUGCUCGCCCGCUACGUAGGAUGGCGAGCGGCCAACAGGAUUUGCGCGUGGUGGGCAGAGGAAGUGGCAGCAGAUGUUUCAUCAUCGCAGGCACCGGUAGCAUCGUCGGUAUCGUUUUCUGGAAUUGUACCGUCUGUGGCCUUCUCCGAAGAUAUGCCGCUGGAGGAAAUGCUCGAGCUCGCCUACAUGGCCGACGCCGUUCUGCGACUUGGCGAGGACCGACGGUGGCUAGAACGGCUAGUGACGAUCCUUCAAUACGUCCUACUCCGCCGCGUCUCUCUGAUGGAGGAGACGCAGCUGUACCGACGCCUGCGCGCGCGGGCCCUUUUUCCAUGCCACCCUGCGACACGGAGGCGCAGGGGCGGUGUCUGGGGGGAUCGGGAUAUGCAAUGCCGCACGUGGGCUGCCGCGUGGCGAUUGCACCACCAUCCUACCUGGUUGGCACCACACGCCGGCGGCACCCAGUUUCUCUGCCUACCACUCAGCUACUUCCCAGUGGAGGCCGUGCUGCCGUACGUGGCAUGCGAGACCUGGCUCAACGACCGUCUGGUGAGAGCAAUGCUGCCGCGAUGGGAGCGGUUGUGCGUGCGCUUGUUGCGGCAGACGCACAACUCCACAUCCUCUGUACAGGGUCUCAAUAACGGUGCGCGAACGGAGAGAAUGUCAAGCAAGGUGCACUACUGGUUUCUACGCUACACCGCCCCACUCCUGCGUACCAGUGUCGAGCAGCAGCGUGCCGCCGCCCGCCGCUUCUGCAUGGAGGAGCUGAGCACCGCUGCCGGUUACGACAACACCACUGUGAGUAACACUCCCCGCAGUUCUCUUGCGUUCGUGUGGCGGUGUCUUAUAGACUCCUGCACGUGCUCCGUAUCAACACUAUUAACAGGAUCGACUGCAGAGGGCAGCGCCGUGCCGAGCGCGGAAUCAACCAAGCUUGUGCGCCGCGUGGUGAUUCUUCGUGCCGUCUCUCAGGCCGCCGUCUUCACCUUGCAGAUCUGCUACCCUCGCCUCUCCGUUCGAUAUGUCACUGAGGUAGCAGUCGCUGGUGUCUGCGCGCAGGGAGAGCGCAGCGCUCUAUCUACAGAGAUCACCACCACCAACGAAGCGGUAACGUCGCCUGUAGACACGCUGCUGAGCUCUAUGGCUGCUGAUAUGGGAUGGGCACUGGUAGCCGGGGCAGCGGAGGUACUGCUGUCGCGCUUCACAGGUGUCACCGGGAACCAGUUGUCGAUGCUGCUUGCCGAUGCCGCUACGCGACGACUCCAACAAGAGCUGCUUUGUGUCGACGAAGCCUUCUACUGUCGGUGGCUCCGCACCGCGCCUGGUGAGGCAGGCGGUAUGGGAGACACCGGUUUGACUGCGGCGCCCGGUAUGCGGAUGUCUCCCGUUGGCAUGCGGCCAGCGCGCCCGCUCAUCACAGCCGAAGACGUCCUCGCCGUGGGACGGCGUGGUGGUGAGCGUGUGAUCGCCUUGCACGACGCUGUGGUGAAGCGGUCGCUUCGGUAUGCUGCACUUAUCGGGCGCGUAGCUGUUACACGCGAGUGGCGGCCGCUACUCGGUGCGGCUGUUGCGGCGUGGGUGGAUGUACCGGCGCUGCUCUCCUUAUUCUCUGUCGCGGUGGGCUAUUCGACUCCCUCCGACGUCGCGCGCUUGCUCUCGCGAAGGGAGGAGAGUCUGCCAACCAGGAGCCCUGUCGGUCUGCGGCUGCUGUUGGAGCUCCUUGUGGAUGAGGAGAGUGCCACAACAAUACCGUCCGCCACACGGCAGAGACGCCUGCCGCGACUGCGGCACCCAUACUUGGCGCUCAUCGCGUGUUCGAGUGUUUGGACGUUUGAGCACCUCUUAGGGGAGGCAAAACGGAGUGUGUCGAGCCUCUACGCCCAUGUGUGCCAACUCAAGGCCGUGUACGCGGCCGUUGGCGUAUAUCAGUAUUCGGUCACAUCGGUGGGAGGCGACACAAGGGCGGCAGACGCCAUUGCCGCUAUGCAGGAGGAUGUACGCUGCGUGCUCUACUACAGCGUCUACCAGAUGGAGCGCAUGUGCAAGGAACGGUAUGGCAGUGACGCCGGUGCAGCUUCGUCGCUGCUCCACCCGCUUCUGGACCCUGAGGAGACGGCACUGCUCCAGCAUCCAAGCGCGCUUUCCUACCUCCCUGCCCACGUGGACUACUUUGAUCUCUUCUCUCUGCCUUACCGCUUUGUUCUGCGGCAGCUGGGGCUGGAGAUGGUCUUUGCCUACCGAACCGCAGUGGGCAUGCAGCAGGAGUCGCGACAAAUGGCUGAGGAAUGGUGGACACAGGCGCUCUUCCACAACGCCUUCAACCCCCUCACCUCGGCGCUGCAGGAGGCUGCUCAGCUCACCGCAUCUUGUGCGACUGUGCUGCUGCUUUGUUCGAAGUUCGUCGACGGGAUGUGGCUGAUGUCUCCACUUCCGUUGCCUGUUCUUCUCCAGGAAGCGCGGGCCAUGCAAACGUACCGCGAUCUCCUGCGCAGUGGCGUGGCGGUGCAGCGCCUCGAGGACGGCGUAGCCCCACUGCAGCAGCUGUGUGAGUACCUGCCCCGCACCGUCGUGUCAGAGGCAUCAACCCUGCGGCACUCCCCGUUUCAGGAUGCGAACUGCUCCACUGAGAAUCUCUCCGCGCUUCAGCAGCGCCGCCACCAUUGGCGUCAGGUGUUGAUGGUGAGUAGACCAGAACUAUGCUUUGACACCGACAGCCGCAUCGUCGGAGGACUGCGUCUCCGUGGCGGUGUCAGCUGGCAUCACGUGUACUUCGCUUACCCUCAGCUGUUUGUCGCCCCGAGAGUACCAGACCCAGGGCAGAAGAAGCCAAGCUGCAGCUGUAGCGUGCGACCCACCCUCGCCGAUGCAUGCUUUGCAUGUCCGGCCGUUGGCAUGACGGCCGUGGUUGGUCCAAGUGGUGCGGGUAAGAGCUCGCUCAAUCUGCUGCUGCGGCGCCUCUACGACCCGGUUGCUGUAGUGGAGCUCACGCGCGGCGGUGGAAUGGGGCGGUCGCAUCCCGAUGAACAGCUGGGUGUGUAUGUUGAUAUCAACCGCAUCGGUACCGCCGCUGACGCAGAGGAUGUUCUUGUCGAGGUGCUGCGUCUCGCCCUCGUUGAAAGUGCAUUGCCGCCGCCGUUCAACUACGAAGUGGCAGGGUUGCCGUCUCGUUUCAGUACAGCUGAUAGGCAUAGCGGCACGUCACAGUCCUCGCCGACGACCUCUGCUCCCCUGGUGCACUCUCGGCGCUACUGUCUCCGAGUGCAACCCGGCUAUAUCGCCCUUGAUGGCAUUCCAUUAAACCUUUUCGCCGCUACGUACGUGCGUCAGUGGCUUGCCUGGCUGCCGCAGACGCCACAUGUGCAACCACGCCAGAGCUUUCUGUCCAAUGUGUGCGGCACGGCGAUGCACGUCACGCUGCACGACGUACAAAAAGCCCUGCGCGUGUGUGAUUGCGACGCCUUCAUGGGGGAGAGACACCGCACUUUGCGAGACCUCGUUGGCCCCUUGAGCGGUGGUGAAGCUCAGCGGUUGGCACUGGCAAGGGUUGUGGCGGCUUUGCUGGCGCGUUCUCGUGUGGAGCUGCUACAGGGCAUGCCAUUGCACGACAGCGAUGGCGGCACGGGAGUGGCAGCUGCUGCAGUAGGCGGAUUAGUGCUUGACGAGCCGACGAAUAAGCUGGAUGCCAUCAGUGAGCACCACCUCCUCGCCGCACUGGCAGCGUUGCAAGGGAUAGACAGGGUGAAUAAUUCGGAGGCAGGGGCACGGUUGCCCCUUUUUAUAUGGAUGAUAUCGCACCGCAUGUCGUCGCUGAGGUCGGCGCAGCACAUGGUGGUUGUGGAGGACGGCCGAAUCACCGCGAGUGGGCCCUCUGCAGAAGUAGUGAAAACAAAUUUAUUCGUCAAGACGCAGCUACGGCUACAACAGCUCACGGAGGCGUCGACGUCCACGUUAAUCGACACAACUGACUAG